UCCAUGUCAGCUCCUGCUUCCACUCCAACCCUCUGCCCAAUUGUCCCAACCAUCCCUGAAACAAAGCUCUCCAUCCUCCAACCUUGCCAAAAAAAAAUCAAAAAUAGAGGAAACAAGGAAUUUCAAGACCUUCAGUUCUCACAGGAAUGGAAGCUUUUCUGUCAAUAUCUUGAGAGCUUGGAUCAAUUUCUUGUGGUAUAGAAUUAUGCCAUGGAGAUCCUCAAUGCAGCAUGUCUGAAUACAGUUUCAGUUCUUUCUGAUAGGAGGACAGAACCCGGGAAGAUUUGUUCACUUCCUCCAAGAUCGACAGCUAAAUUCUCUAAGUCUGUUAAUUUGGGUUGUUUCCCAUCAAAAUUUUCAGAAGUUCUAUCAAGGAAUUUCAGUGGGAGCUUAGUGGUUCUUUCUUCUGUUUUUAGCAGCGGACUUGCAAGAGCUCUCUCAUAUGAGGAGGCUCUGGAGCAAUCAACGGGAUCAUCUACAUCAAAGAAUGGUUCUGAUUUUGACGUGGGUGCUUUAGUUGAUGGGGUUGUUAGUUUUGCAGUAGAAAACCCAGCAAUUAUUGUUGGUGGAGCCACCAUUUUAGCUCUUCCACUAGUUUUAUCUCAGGUUCUGAAGAAACCCAAGCCUUGGGGUGUUGAGUCUGCAAAGAAUGCUUAUGCCAAAUUGGCAGAAGAUGUUGAAGCUCAAUUGCUUGAUAUAAGGUCCCCUGUAGAAUUUCGGGAAGUGGGUAGCCCAGAUAUUCGAGGAUUGAAGAAGAAACCUCUGUCGAUUGCAUAUAAUGGUCAAGACAAGCUGGGGUUCUUGAAGAAGUUGAGCUUGAAGUUCAAAGAACCAGAAAAUACUACAUUGAUUAUUCUAGACAAGUUUGAUGGGAGUUCUGAAUUGGUUGCCGAAUUGGUCACUGCAAACGGUUUCAAAGCUGCUUAUGCAAUUAAAGAUGGUGCAGAUGGAACCCGAGGAUGGCUGAAUAGUGGACUACCGUGGAUACCACCAAAUAAAACUCUGAGCCUUGAUUUUAGCAACUUGACAGAGGCAAUAAGUGGUACACUUGGAGAAAGUUCUGACACUUUGCCUGUUACCUUUGGGAUAGCUGUGGCAACUGGAUUAGGUUUAUUGGCAUUUACAGAGAUAGAAACAAUACUUCAAGUUUUGGGUUCAGCUGCACUGCUUCAACUUGUUAGCAAGAAACUCCUAUUUGCUGAAGAUCGGAGGGAAACACUGCAACAGGUUGAUGAGUUCUUGAACACCAAGGUUGCUCCCAAAGAGCUUGUUGGUGAUAUUAAGCAAAUUGGGAAGUCUCUUCUACCAGCACCCAAGGAGGGGAGCCCAAAUUCAGAGCCAGAAGUUGAAAUUGCAGCUGCAGAUCCUGUGCCGCAGAUAAAUUCAGUCCCCAAACCAGAAUCAGUUCCAGGACUGCGAAAAUCAUUGUCUCCAUUUCCAUCUUAUCCAGAUUUCAAACCUCCAACAUCUCCUUCGCCGUCACAGCCAUGAAUCUCAUCAUAGGGUGAGAUCCACAGAUUUACUUUCGCAACAGGCGACACUCUCGCAGAAAACAUGGAAAGCUACCCAGCAAGUUAUACCAUUUGCACUCCUGCUCUAGGAGUUCUUUUAGAGCUUAUUGAAAAUUGUAGACUUAAGGAUGAAUUACAAGAGUAUUGUGAGUCGUUUAAUUCCUGGUUUGCAAGAAUUUUUCCUGUUCUUUCAUCGGCAAUUUUACUGUUUCCAAACUAUAUUUUGUUCAUUUCCUGUUGGUAUAAAUGUUGGAUGUUGUGUAUCAAUAAUGCCUGUAGAAUCUGCUGCUUGUAUGACUGGUUGGAUGCAAUUAUACCUACUUCUUGUAAACAGUAUAAUAUAAAGACUAUUAUGAGAGAAGCAUGAAUUUUGGAUCC